AUGAUAAGUUCAAUCCCUGGCCUCCAACUGCCACGUGGUGGACUUAAUGCCGGUGAACCCUAUCGAGAGCCGCUUGGAAGCCUGAUGUACAUUAUGCUUUGUGUCAGGCCAGAUGUGUGUUACCCUGUCGGGUACCUCGGGCGGUUCCAGCAAGAUUCGUCGACCGUACAUUGGAACGCCUUGAAGCGAUACUUAAGCGGGACAAAAACCCUUUGUCUCGAAUACCAAAGGAACAGCGAAGCAGAAGCGCUCGUCGGCUUUGCUGACGCCGAUUGGGCGGCCGAUGUUCAGGACCGAAAAUCGGUAAGCGGGUUCAUCUUCAAGGUGUAUGGAUGCACCGUGUCGUGGAACAGCAAAAAGCAAUCCACCGUAUCGUUGUCGUCAAGCGAAGCGGAGUAUGUCGCUCUUAGUGCAGCAGCGACAGAGGCCGUAUGGAUCAGCGGCGUCUUGGAAGAUCUACAUGUUGCUGCCAACCCGGUGUCAAUCGUGGCUGUGUGUGCAUGGCCAAAAACCUGGAGAGCAAGAGGACCAAACACAUCGACCUGA